UUGUAAUGCUACUAUGUCGCAUCCUAAUUCUGGUUUGCCAACUUUCCGUGGUUACGAUUACUGCGUAUACCUCCGAAUCUCGCUUUUACACGAGUGUAACCUAACAUUUUUUCUUGAUAUUUCUCUAAGUAGUCUUUCCAUAUAUAAAAAACAAUAUCUAAUAAAGCAAUGGCUUCUACUAUUGUUCUAAUAACCGGUGCCAAUCGAGGUAUUGGUAAGGGCCUUGCCGAGCGCUACCUCGCCCUGCCUAAUUAUACAGUCAUUGCUGCUAACCGCAACCCGGAGCAUCCCACGUCUAAGGAGCUUGCCAGCCUACCUAAAGCCCCGGGAAGCAGCCUCAUUAUCGUGAAGGUCGAAGCUACGAGCAACACAGACGCCGUGGAUGCUGUAAAGGAACUCCAGAAGCAGGGAAUUGAUCAUUUAGAUAUCGUAAUUGCUAACGCCGCCAUCUGUCUCGGUUUUACUAAAGUUGUCGAUGCAAAGAUUGAGGAUAUGUAUCGGACUAUGGAUGUUAAUGUCUUCGGCGUGCUACGACUAUUUCAAGCUACCCUACCGCUUCUUCGCAAGGCCACUGCUCCUAAAUUCGUGACUAUCGGUUCGGGUGCUGGGUCUAUAGAGGAAAUGUAUUCAUAUCCCAACGCUGUUUAUGGCCCUUCAAAGGCCGCUGUUCAUUGGAUCACAAAGAGCAUUAAUGAGGAAGAGGACCACAUCAUCGCAUUUGUGAUAGAUCCAGGAUGGACCCAGACCGAUAUGGGAAACACAUCAGCGAGAUCAGUUGGCCUAGACGAAGCUCUUGUCACUAUAAAGGACUCUUGUGACGGCACCUUCAAGGUGAUUAAUGAGGCUACCAGAGAAUCAGGCGGCAAGUUGUGGACUUAUGAGGGAAAGCGAAAAGCUUGGUAAACCUAUGACAACACUGAGAACAUGGCAUUCUGGGAGAGUCUCUUAGAACGGCGUGAGAGCUUAGAACCAGACUUCUCGCGUUUGGAUAAUACAAUUGGAAAUUAAACACAUUAUCUAGCACCUUGCAGUUAUCGUUUGC